UUCUGAGUAUCAUUGAAGAAGAGAUGUAUACAAACUCCCUGGUAGCGCUGUGCUUGCUCUGCCACCAUGCCAGUGUUGUUUUUUGUGAUAAUGUCUCCCAAGCUCCUGAAUCCAUUCAGUAUCCCAGGUUUCAAGUGGUGGAGACAAAUGACGACUUUGAGCUUCGAGCUUAUGACGCAACAAGAUGGGCACUAACCAACACAAACCCAUCAAUGGAUCCAGAUGCUAUUACAAACGGUUUCAUGAUCUUGGCCCGGUAUACGCGUGGAUUUAAUAAUAAAGGCAUGAUAUUUGAGAUGGCGGCGCCUUGGACAGAAUUUAUUCCAUUAAACAGUGAUUCACCCAUCAAUGCUUCCGUAGCUUUCUUCCUGCCACCGGAAUUGGAUAUCCCUGAACCAACAGACCCCAAUAUUUUCUUUCUAACUUUUCCAGAAACAAAAUUGUAUGUAAAGACUUUCAGGACCAUUGAUGGCUGGGUUAAAAAAGGUGACUUUUCUGAAAGAGCAAAAUCUCUGUAUGAAACACUGCUGGCCCAGGAGAAAACAUUUGAUGCUUCAUUUUUUACAUGCAAUACCUAUGACAGUCUUUCUAAAGUUGUGGAUCGUUAUUUUGAAGUGUAUUAUGUUGCCAUAUAACGUGAGCAUAUAUUAUAGAAAACCAACUGAUUUAUUAACACAUUCUGAACUUUAGAUGCCUGUAGGCUAAAGGAAGCUUAGCAAGAAGCAAUUAAGUCGUUUUUGUGCUUUUGUUCCUUGUACCUGAUAAGUGCCCCAUGGUUCAAUUUGACACAAUACAGUAGAUUGCUGCUAUAUCUUUUUUUUUUUUAAUUUUCAGAAUUCUAAUGGUACAUCCCCUGAUGUGGCUUUAAGCCAGUCUACUGCUUAGUUAUACUCUCCCUUAUUAACCCUAGAGUACCACGGUUUGCACUUAGACUACUAUCUCUAGGUCUAAUUAGACCAUAUGUUAUUUGAGAAUCUACCCUUUCAAACCGAUGUACUCAUUUACAUUUGACAAUUGAGAGACUCUAAGCGACCGACCAAAAUACUAAUACUAUUUAAAUACGAAAUGGAUAG